AUGUUCUUGACAGUUCCUAACGAUUUUUCCAAUUGGAAGAAAUUUGCAAAUAUCGAGCUCACUGACGAGUUCGAAUCGAUCAAGGUCAGCAUUCCCAAGCGGUUCAGGAUGAACUUUGACCAGGUACUGAGAGGCCUGGACGACCAGGACCCUGAACUUGAGGAACAUUCACAAGUGCCUGAGCAAACGGUCAACAACGAUAGCAUUGUCAAUAAUAUCACGCAAAUAUGGAACGAAAACCCUGUUGAUCAUACGAAACUUGACUUUAUGGAGAACCUACACACGAUCAACUCGAGUUUGAGCACGUUUGCGGACAUUUGGUCUAAAUUGUGCAUUUUGGUGGAACGGAUGGAAAAGAGAGAGCUGGCUUUGUCUCAAGAUCACCAGCGCUUUUCAUACUACUUGGGACAGUUCACUUCGAACAGUGGGAAUCUAUAUGGUGUUGAAAACAUGGCAAUCUCCGAAGUGCAGCCAGAAGAAAGCCAGAAUUUGUCUAUUAUCAACACCAUUUUGAAGCAAGUCAUGAAAUAUUUCAGCACAACAAAGCAGCUUAAAGAUGAUGAAUUGACAACCCUAAGUUCGGAUACAGUAGAAAAUUUCAGAAAGUUGCAAGACUAUCUGGCCUCGCUGCACUUCCUCAUUGAAAGGCUUGGUAACUUCAAAAACGCUUCUGAAAAACAAAUUCACGUUCUUUUGAACCGCAUAAUGAAAACGAACGAGCGACUCUUCCAAAUAAAAAUCAAGUCAGACAUUAGAGGGUCCGAGGUGGACAAACUCGUUAAGCUCUUGACCGAAUCAGUGGAAGAAUUGAACAAGCUUCUGUCCUACAUCAUUCUUGUAAAAUCCACAUUCUUUACCGAGUUCAAACUGUUUCAAAGAACGAAAUAUCUCGUCUCUGAAACGUUCCAGGACUGGUUCCUUGAAAAAGUCAAAUACGGGGAACUACAGCAAGAUUCAUUACAGAGGGUGUUUAAUGAUCUUCAGGAUAUGCCAUUAAAGUAA